AUGGUGGAGGAGAGAGGGGCGGAGGACGUGGUUGAGGGGAGGAGGAAGGGCGGUGGGAUGAGAGAAGAUGGGGAGGCUUGGGCGGUGAUGGUGAAGGGGGCGGAGUGGUGGUGGCGAAAGGCGGAGAAGGUUGUUAGGGACUGGGCAGCGAGCGGAGCAGAGACGUCAAGGAAGUGGAGCGGUAUGAGGAGGAGCGGAGGGAGGGCUGUGUUUGGCAAUGCUCGGCGAUGUGGGCGGAACGGCAUGAAUUUUACCGAGCUCCUCAACAAUAGAUCGUCCCUUGAUGAUCUCAAUGAACCACAUCUGUCAUAUGAUUUUCCAUUGAGUCAGUACCAUUCUAGUGGUUCUCCUUUUGAAGAGACAUAUACUACUGAAGCUCACACUGAUCAAGAGACGCCAUGUGCACCUAGCAGCAACAAAUCACAAAAACAAUCUCAAAGAACUAUCAACUUCUCUCCUGAGAAAGACAAACUUCUUAUAGCUGCAUGGCUGAAUACAAGCUUAGAUCCAAUCAAAGGAUCUGAUCAAAAGAAGAACCAAUUCUGGAAAAGAAUUACUCGAUACUUUGAAGAUCAUAAGAGUUGGUCGGAUGAACGAACUAAAAAAUCACUGACGAACCGCUGGUCAAAAAUAAGUUUCAGUGUGAGUAGGUUUUGUGGACAUUAUGCUGCAGUUGAACACUUGCGGAAAAGUGGAUACACAGAGGCAGAUAAGGUGCACACCAUUGUUAGUACUGAUGUUGCAUUCCCAAAUGUUAUUUUUUUGUUAGAUAUUUACAUGAGCUAUUCUUUGCAGAUACAAGAGGCAAAAACGGUCUACAAAGAUAAGGAAGGUCAUCAAUUUGGAUUUGACCAUUGUUGGACUCUUUUGAGGUUUCAGCAAAUAUGGAUGGUUGAACAUAAAAAAAUUGAAGCAACUAGAAUCUUCAAGGCUCCUACUAAAAAUCAAAUUUCAAUUAACUUGGAAGAUGAUAAUGGAAAUGCUCCUGAACCUGCACCCUUGAAGAGGCCUAUUGGAAGAAAGGCUGCAAAAGAAGCGAACAAAAAAACAAAAUCCAACGAGCAAGGUGAUGAUGAUGAGAAGGAAUCUUCAAAAGUCCGUUCUGAGUUGGAAGAGUUUAGGGCAAGGAGACUAGAAAGUGACCGCGUAAAGGCAGAACAACUUAAGUUGCUAAUUAAUAUUGAGCAAAAGCAGUGGAAUUGA